UGAAGAGUAGACAAAAUCUUAUAAAACAGUUUGAUCUCUAUCAUUUAAAAAUAGGACAUUUUGGUAUUAUUUCUCUCGAGAAAAUCAUUAUUUUUCCACGUUUUGGAAACGGAUUAUGUCGAUUAAGAGACGCGUUGACACCUCGAAGCUUCGAAGGCCUUUGAAACGGUCGAAAAUAACCGAAUCCGUCUAUGGCAGUUUGUUCAUCUACGUGAAGUUCUUUGUCGUUUGGAUUCUGGUUCUAACAGCGGACUUCUUACUGGAGUUUCGCUUUGAAUAUCUUUGGCCAUUUUGGUUGCUAAUGCGGAGCGCUUACGAUUCAUUCAAGUACCAAGGAUUGGUCUUUUCUUUGCUGUUCUUGGGAUUGGCUUUGUGUUCGGACGUUGUGUGUUUAAUGGUUUUGCCAAUUCACUGGCUGUUUUUCGCCGCGAGUACCUACGUUUGGGUACAAUUCGUUUGGCACACAGAUCGUGGCCUGGGAUUACCUACGAUUUCAAUGUGGCUGUUGUUUAUCUACGUCGAAGCAUCUGUUCGUUUAAAGGAGUUGAAAAAUCUGCCAUUUCAUUUGGAUUUAUGUCGACCUUUUGCAGCUCAUUGUAUUGGUUAUCCAGUUGUAACCCUGGGUUAUGGUGUGAAAAGUUACGUAGGUUAUAAAAUACGACAGCGUAAAAUUCAACAAGUUAGCAAGGAGAAUGAAUUUUAUAUGGAGUUGAUAAACCAAUCAUUACCUACGGAGAAUGUGGAAAAUACUGUCAAAGGAAAUUCAAUUGACAAAAUUCCUGAAGAGACAGUGAGCCCACCAGCUAGGAAAGCCAGCUGUCAAGCUCUGAGUAAUGGUUCCGUCAAUAAAAGUUACAAUGAACUAUUAUAUAGUCAGAAUAAUGACAAGACUGUUACUAACGAGAAAUCAAGUAGGAAUAACGUUAAGGUAUCCGCAGCUUCGUCGUCGAAGAAACUUAACGAGGACCAUAAUUUAAACGAACUUGAGAACAAAAACGAACCAGAUGGUCGUUUAGCGAAUGGUCAUACCCGACCACUGAAGCACAAUAGUCCACUAAGAGCUGUUAACGGUGGAGAAUUUGAAGAUGAUUCGGACAGUGGAGAGUCUUCGAACACUUCUUCUUCAAGCGGUCAUGGUUCUAGUAAGAAGGAUAAUCAAACGAAAACAACACAGGAAACGAAAUAUCUUUCUGUGGUUGGUGAUGUGAAACCUUUGUUACUGACACAGCUGAAGGAGGAGAAGAGUGCUAGACGACGGGUAGAAAGCACAUUGAACCAGAUGGAAAGUGAUCUCAAACGGGCGAGACAAGACUUGCAAAGCAGUCGUCAUAGUGAACAAGAUAUGAGAACGCAGUUGCAGACUGUUACUUCGAACGAAAAAUCCCUGAAAUUUGAAGUGAAUCAGUUGAAGAAUGAUAAUGAAAUAUAUCAACAAAAGAUUCAAACGUUAACCGCUAGCCGUCAGCAAGAUCGCAACAGUAUCGCAACCUUGGAACGGAAACUGAAAUCGGAACGCGACGCCCGACAGUUGACGGACUCCCAGCUUCGUGAAGAACGGAAGAAAGCGAAAGCCGACGAAUUCCGUCAGUCGCGCGAGGAGAACGCGAUCCACGAACAUUGCAACGCGCGCAGAGUGGAACUCGAAGCGCGGGCUCACGAGAAAGACGAGAAGAUCAGGUCCAUGGAGAGAGAGAUUGAAACGCUCAAAGCGAAAACGAAUGGAAACGAUAACAUCCAGUUGAAAAAGGAGACGGAGGCGUUGAUGUCGACCUUAGCUCAGAUUCGUGGCAAGAAUACGCAUUUGGAGAACAGCUUGAGUUCCGAGACACGCCUGAAGUUGGAUCUAUUUUCAGCCCUGGGAGAGACGCGUCGACGACUUGAGAUCUCGCAAGGCCAGUUGAUUAGCAAGGAACAAGAGAUAGUGAAUUUGAAAGCAAGGAUUGCUGAGGUGAUGGCCGUGAUGCCCCUCAGUGCAAACGGGGACGCGGGGCAGGUGUAUGGUAGCCACCACUCACCACCUCCACCGCCCUUGGCCGACCACGAGGACGUUGCUAAUGGUUCUGUCUUCAUCCCCAAGGCGAAGAAUGGUUUAUUGUAGAUCCAGGUUCGGGGCUGUUCACGCGAGCGCGGUAGCAAGGACCUAAGACCCUGAUGUAAGUUUCUUUGAGUGAAAUAAAAUUAUUUGAGAGUUUCAUCAACUAUCAUUGCUUGAUCAAACGAGAACAAGAGUUGCAUGAGAGUU